GGCGCGUAAUUGGAAAGUGUUUACUUGAUCUUGCUUAUCAAAUUUCUUAUUACAUGUUAUUAAGUUUCCUACAAAUGCUUUCUUAUUUUAGUAAUUUGUAUAGUUUUUAGUCUUGUUUAAGCAUGGCUGCAAGAAUCCCAUCAUCCUCUCACAAACUCCAGGCUUUGGCCACUUUUCUCCGCCGGCACGGAGCCGUAUCCGGUGGUUCGUGGCGGAGCAACCCGUUUGGCCGCCGCGAUCCGCCGCCUUAUAAGGUGGGAGGUGUUGGGCUCAGGUUGCUAAGCGACAGCUCCAAGUUGAGAACAACGGAGAGGAAUCAAAGUGAAGAGAAACGGGAAUUGCCAGCUCCGCCCAAGUUUGGUGUUUCAAAUUGGGUGAAAUGGCUUCUGGGAUAUGUAGUAACAUUUCUGCUACCAUUUUGGAAGAAUAAAUGGGACAAUUUGCUGACAUUGGAAGGAGAGGCGGCGAAAGUCGUGGGAGAGGUGGAGGUGGUGGCGGAGGUGGUGGAAAAGGUGGCGACGGCCGCCGAUAAGGCGCUGGAGGAGGUGGUGAAUCAGCUCCCAGACAACAGUAAGCUCAAGGAAGCAGCUCAAGCAUUGGAACAUGUCUCUAGUGUAGCUGCCAAGGAUGCUCAACUAAUUGAAAAUUUAAUCAACAAGGCUAGUGAUGUGAAGCAAGAUAUAGAAGAGUUGGAGAGCAUUGUUGAACCAAUUGUUGACAAGAUUAUGCAUGGGAAGCACACAAAGAGUUAGUCAAGAACAAAAAUCAAAAUUGUAAAUUUUACAGCCUUUUUUCUGUUUUUAUUUUUAGGGUGCCAAAAUUGAAAUAAAACUUGGAAGACCCGAUGCGAUAGAAUCAUGUAGAUGUUACUGGAUGGGAUUCAACGUCCCAUAAUUUCUAGCGUGUUACUACAUUUCGUUAUUAUAUUUUAUCUAUUAUUUUAAUAAUGUUUUUAUGCAAA